AUGCAUUCCUCCUCUUUGAAGAGAUUACCUUCACAGCAACUUGUGUUGAUGUUUGGCAUGUUUGCAGUGAUGGCUCACUUAGUAUUUGGUCAAAACAUAUUCACCCAAAACUUUAAACAGGCCAUCAAUGCUGCAACCAAUGAGUACAGUCAUUCUCAGGAAUGGAAUUCUUACAAGGCAAGUCUUGGUUACACCUUUCCUGUUCCUACUUGUACCACAAGUGCUAAUGACGCUGUUUAUCCACAAGUAUUCAAUUGGACAUUGAAUGAGCUAGUUCUUUGCUAUGAAAUGGAAGCAGAAGAUCCAUGGCCAAUGAUGCAUGAAAAGGCAGGGACAAUUACUUGUCAAGGCAUUGAAAAAUCAUUACAAUAUCUUCAAUUUGACAGCUAAUUUCUUAAUUCUCAAUACCUCACAAUCAGGAUAUUUCCCAACAUUGAAAAAUGCUGUUCAGAGUUCAAUCUGUCAUGUUGCUAUUGCGUCCACAAACUAUGAAGAAAGUAGAGCUAGUGAAGUUGACUUCCAAUGUCCAUAUGGAACAAGUUAUACAGGAAUAUUGAGAUCAGAACGUGAUAAUAACACCAUACUAACCACACCUUCCGAUCUUAACAAGGAAGGAAUAAUUGUUGCAGCUCCUUAUUUGACAACUUCCUAUGAGUAUGCAAAAUCCAAUUUUCCAAAAGCAACCAUCCUAUCAAACUUUGGCUAUAAAACUGCCUAUAAAAUGGUUUUUACUAAGGAGGUCCAUGCUGUGGUUGGUGAUUACAUUGAAAUGAGUGAAUGGUUGGAAGCAAAUAAGGGAAAUUGCUCUCGUUGUUAUAUGAAAAUUACAGAUUCUUCUCAGAAUUUCGGAUCUUUCACAGCCAAAUUUUCGGUAUCAUCAGCGAGAAGUAGCCUUCUGUAUGGAGAGCCAAUUAUUGUUCUUCUUGAUGAUGAUUAUUGGUUUAAUGGCAAUCUAUUAGAAUUCUUAUAAAAAAGGCUCCACAAGGUUGAAACCUUGUUGAUCAAACAAUUUAUAUUAC